AUGGUCUCCAAGGGCAUGAUCAAGGAUGCCAAGAAGCCAGCAAAAUUGAGCGGAUCAAGCGUGUGUCAAGGUUGUCUAGAAGGAAAAAUGGUUCAACGACCGUUCCCGAGCAAUCCAAACAAGCGCCACUACGAUCCGUUUGAGCUUCUACACAUCGACACUUGUGAUCCAAUGGAAGUCGACUCGCUAGGUGGAAGCAAGUACUUGCUACUGAUCGUCGAUGAAGGCAGCGGAUGUAUGAAGGGUUUCAGUCUGCGCGCCAAGUCCGACAGCGAAGAGUGCAUCAAGAAGUACAUCAUGGCAGUACAGACGCAGCUUGACUACAAGGUCAAGUUCGUUCGACACGAUGGUGCACGAGAAUUUGCGGCGAAUUCGCUCAAGGCAUUUACGAUGAUCAAGGAAUCGAGCAGCAAGUUACCGUUCCGUAUGCGCAUCAGACCAACGGCACGGCGGAACGGGCAAUUCGGACCAUUGUGGCGAUCGGGCGCAGCAUGCUUCACUACGCCAAGCUGGACAAGUGUUUUUGGGCUGAAGCAGCAAUGA